AUGAAUGCUUCAUUUUUUCUGUUGCAGGCGGACAACACAACCUUAACCAUAGACUUCCACGCAAGCAUGUCUGCUGAAUUGUGUGAAGCCUUCAAGAAGAUCGGGUUUGAAGACUCGAAAGUUAAUGAGAUCACUAAGAACAAGAAAGUGGCCAAUGCUUUGGAGCAGAUAGUGUCGAAGUUGGACGUCACCGCACCUUUGGACAAGUCGAAACUGGCAUUGUUGCACUCUCUUUCAACGUCGAUCAAGUCGUUUCCUUUUGAUAAUAAGUAUGUCUGGUUGGCCGAAUUUAUUGUGUCUGGUGGAAUCUUGACAAACCUCCAGGUUGCUGAAGGAGUCAAGGCAGUCAAUGUCAACCCAGAGAUCACCAGAAAGGAACUGGAAGUUGAGUCUGGUGUUGGUGUUUCCUUAACUCCCGAGUUUGUGGAAGCUGAAAUUGUCAAGUUUAUGCAAGACAACAAGGAGGAGUUGAACACUAAGGGAGCAAAGAAACUGCCUUGGUUGAUGUCUUCGGUGAAACAGGUUCCCGAAUUGAAGUGGGCUCAGCCAAGUCUGUUCAAGCCUUUAAUCGACAAGCAUCUUGGCGAUUUUCUGGAGACUUCCAAGGCUAACGCAGAAGGUGGAAAGCCUGUGGCCUCUGCAAAGAGAUCCAUGUUUAACGAAGGUUUCCUGGGUGACUUGCACAAGCCAGGCAAGAACCCACAGAUGUGGCCUGAGUUGAUGCCAAAACAUCUCGAAGUCACAGGAGGUAAAGUUUACACGCGUUUCCCUCCAGAACCUAAUGGAUUUUUGCAUAUUGGACAUUCCAAAGCGAUUAUGGUCAACUUUGGAUAUGCGAAAUUCAACAACGGACACUGUUACCUCCGUUAUGACGAUACAAAUCCUGAGGCCGAAGAGGAGAGAUACUUCAAGAGUAUUUUGGAGAUGAUCGAGUGGCUGGGAUUUGAGCCAUGGAAGAUCACAUACUCUUCGGACUAUUUUGACGAAUUGUAUGCUUUGGCUGAGAAGCUGAUCUCUUUGGAUAAGGGCUAUGUCUGUCACUGUACCGCCGAAGAAGUUAAACUUCAGCGUGGUUUGAAGGCAGAUGGUAAUAUGGGGGGAGAAAGAUUUGCUUGUCCUCAUAGAUCCAGACCUAUUGAGGAGAGUCUGGUAGAGUUCAGAAACAUGAAGGCAGGAAAAUACAAGAUCGGAGAGGCUACUCUUCGUAUGAAGCAAGAUCUAGAGUCUCCUAACCCCCAGAUGUGGGAUCUUGUGGCAUACAGAGUUCUAAAUGCAACGCAUCACAGAACUGGUGACAAGUGGAAAAUUUAUCCAACCUACGACUUCACUCACUGUUUGGUGGAUAGUUUCGAAAAUAUCUCCCAUUCUCUGUGUACCACCGAGUUCUACCUUUCCAGGGAAUCGUAUGAGUGGUUGUGUGAUGUCUUGCAUGUGUACAGACCUGCUCAAAGAGAAUACGGAAGACUCAACAUCUCAGGUACCAUCAUGUCCAAGAGAAAGAUUGCCAAGCUUGUGAAUGAAGGAUAUGUCCGCGGAUGGGAUGAUCCGAGAUUGUAUACUCUGGAAGCCAUAAAGAGGAGAGGUAUUCCUCCCGGGGCUAUUCUGUCUUUCAUCAACACCUUGGGUGUUACUACUUCGACCACAAACAUCCAGGCAGUGAGAUUCGAGAGCGCUGUCAGAGCGUAUCUGGAUGCCACUACUCCAAGAUUGAUGAUGAUUGUUGAUCCAGUCAAGGUGGUUCUGGAGAACGUUGAGGACGAUUUCGAGGUACAGGUUGAAAUUCCAUUGAAGCCAGGAAAUGCAGACUUGGGUGAUCGUAAGAUAAGUCUUGGUAAGACUUUUUUCAUUGAAAGAUCUGAUUUCAAGGAGGAAGCUGAUGAUGAAUAUUUCAGACUGGCUCUGAACCAGAGCGUUGGUCUUAUCAAGGUUCCAUACACAAUUUCUGCCACUUCCGUUGAGAAAGACGGGUCUGGAAAAAUCACGCUGAUUCAUGCCAAGUACAACAAGGAUGAGCCAAUUAAGCCAAAGACAUUCAUCCAGUGGGUGCCAAGCAGCUCGGCUAUCAAGAUUUCGGAACUGAGAGUCCAAUCGCAGUUGUUUAAGAGUGAUAAUCCAUCCUCUGUACCAGAGGGCUAUUUGAGUGACAUCAACCCCCAAUCCGAGGAAGUUUUCCACGAUGCAAUUGUGGAGCCUGCUUUCCUCGACAUCAGAGCCAGGUCUCCUCUUAACUUGAAAAGUCCAAGCACUGAAUUCAACAUUGUUGAGAAGAAGGGUCCUGAAACCGUCAGGUUCCAGGCCUUGAGAUUAGGUUACUUCUGUUUGGACAAAGACUCCACGGAUGACAAGAUUGUGCUUAACAGAAUUGUCACCCUUAAAGAAGACUCCAAGAAGUGA